CAGAAAGGCUCUGGGAAAUGUGACACAGGCCUUAUUGUCAACACCAGCUGCAGCGUUGGGAAACGUAGCAGAAAGGAUUGGGGUUUAAUUCUCGUGGUCAGUCGUAAUGCUGCACGGAUAGAGACACAAUUAGAUUGAACUAAAGUUCUGUGAACAGAGUCGAGAUCUUUUGUUUGGAGGUUAUGUAUAAGGUUUUUGUAAAGGGAAAUUGUGAGUGUGCUCUGUUUUUGGUUAAUAUAACCCUAUUCUGGCUGUACAAGAUGAUGAUAAUAUAGUGAAAUGCAAUUGUUUUGAGGUGCAGAAUCCAAUGCUAUUUUUAGCAGGAAAACCACAGCGUAACUGCGUUUUAAACUGAAUUUGUUUCUUAUUUUUCAAGUAACAAAAUGUUUUAUUCACUUACAAGCAACUUGCAUCCACUUUUAACUGAAAUGUGCAAGAUUUCUGGUGUCAUUCGCUUCUAGCCUUUUUACUUGUACAAAAAGAGCUGCUGUUUAAUUUAUCAUAAUCAGUACAGUUUGUACUGCAGAGUUUUACAGUUUCUAUACUUAGUUAUUUACCUACCGUACCUAAUAGUCAUGCAUUUGCAAGAGCUGCAAUAUGAAGUGGACAUUAAUAAUAAAGAACGUUAAACAUCUCGUUUUUCGGGAUCCGUUUAAUCUGUAUUGGCAUCUAGGAGAAACUCCAUCAAUGACAUCAUUCAUGUAGGGCAAGGGUGAGGUUGGGCGAGAGCUCGAGCAGGGAAGAGGUGGCACGAGGAAUGCUUUUGGACUGUUGAAAAGCACAAGCUUGGACUAAGCCUUAAUAUUUCGAUCAGGUUUACUGUUGUUCAUUAUCAGUCUCUUAGGUCAGGAAGGUUUUCUCAUAAUGAAGUGCUCUCUUGGACUUUUUCUAUUGGUCUGUUGUGUGACUCUUAGCUUAGGCAAUAAGCAUUAUGGAAUCCGAUUCUCCUCUGCAGGCUCGUCUCUUCAAUGCUAUAAGUGUGAGGAUUACAGCGGGGGACGAUGUGCGGUGCAGCAAGUUUGUUCUUAUGAGGAUGCAUGCUUAUAUCUUCAUGAGAAAGGUGGGAAGACCAUUCGUCGGUGCAUUCGUUACACUGACUGUGAUAACUCUCGUCUGUCCCAGCAGUUUCCGGCAAUAUCAGAAUAUACUUACAGGUGCUGCAACACUGACCUGUGUAACAGCGGACCGGCGACUGCUACAAGCACGUGGAUCUUAUCUCUGCUGGCAGUGCUCACCGGUCUCUGGUCCUGCUCCAUCACUGCAUGAUUCUCACUAGUGUUCUCAAAAGCUAUUUCCUGCCAUACCGUUUAUGGAUAUCUUUAUAUUUACAAUGCACUAUUAUUUGUAAUCAUUUGGUUUUAACUAACCGCUUGUAUAUCAAAAAGCUCUGUUUGCUUUAAACAGUUUUUAUUGUACUAACACUGUUUUCUGAUGUUUUUAUAUGAAUGAAUUUUAUUUUGGCUGAUAUUUAAAAAGACUGCAGGAAAGGAAUUUUUGAUCUUUUCGUAAAUUACCUUUGUAUGUGGUACCUUUUACGUUAGUAAAAUAACUAAUUCAAAAUAAACCUUGAUUUUAUGAAUGAA